AUGGCUAGCAGCAGUACGAACACCAAACAACCGCUCUCACGCCCGUCAUCCGUGACCUCCUUCAACGCCACGUCGACGAACAAGACACGCCAGUAUGCUCAUCUCCACGCGCAGCUUGCCCAGCUCAAUGCACAUCUCGCUGACACGGAGAACCUCGUGCGCAUGACAGCUGUGCAGGCGCAGGACAUGCGAUUCCUCGGCGGCUAUGUUGGGGCUUUGUUUAUGGGCAGUGCUAAAGUCCUCGGCGAAGAGAGCGUGCAGGGCAAGGAGAGAGCGGCUGAUGACGCCGCGAAAUGA